AUGGACGACGACGCCGCCAUUCCAGACACUAGGGUCUUCGUGUCCGGGCUGCCACCAAACUUCACCAGUAAUCAACUUGGUGCGCAUUUCGCUGGUCGUUACCAAAUUACAGACGCUGUGGUUAUUCCUGAUCGUCGAAUCGGCUUCGUGGGCUUCAGGAAUUACACAUUGGCUAAAAGUGCUAUCAAGUACUUCGACAAGACAUAUAUCCGGAUGUCGAAAAUCUCUGUCAUGAUGGCCAAAGCAGUUGAGAUUGAGCGAACAAACACUUCGCAAGGAGUUCCUAAAACAAAGUACGUCAGCCAGGGUAACACUACGUGGUCUUCAGUCUCGGAGUCGGUCCCCACUGUUGCGCACAAUACACCCAACCCCAAAUCAAACCAUGGCAUUGACUUUAAGCCUUAUGUACCUGUCCCGAGUUCCAAUAAAAGGAAACGUGAUUCCGGAAGCAAUUCGCAAGAGGAGUCUUCGCGGCCUACAGGGCCGGCUUCGGCAAUGCGUCCUGCUCUGGAGGAUAGGAAUGGUCUUUCAAAUCCUGUUGAUGAACAUGAGAGCCGCCGAGACUUGAAGAAAGCAAAGAAGAAAGAGAGAAAAGAGCGUUUAAAGCAGGAUACUAGCACAGGAAGUCAACAAGGCGAUGAAGAGGGAGAGUCGAAUAUAUUAACGUCUUCAAAGUCCACGCAGAAGAAGAAGACAAAGGAAGGAAAAGCAGCUGCAACGGGAUCUGAUGAUGAGACUAUCGCCGCGCCCUUGUCAGAAGAUCUGCCAAGUGGACGAGAAUCACAAGCUAAGGAUGGAACGAAAAAGAAAAAGAAGAAAAAGCAUACCUCAUUCAUCGAGACGAAUGGCAAAUAUGAUCCGAGCGAUAGCCAAACCAUCGAUGAGAAGCACCAUCUGAAAAAGACGGAGCCAAGGGGAAAGGUUGAUGAUGAUACCAAAGGUGGAGUUGCACCUAUCGAUGACCACGCUCUCGGACCUGCUGAUCAGUCUGCUGAUCAGAUAGAGCAGCAGCGGCCAAAAAGCGACAUCGCCACCGACAAUGACUGGCUCCGAGCCAAGACUAGUCGUGUACUCGACCUCACAGAUGCAGCUCCAGAGUACGCAAAAUCCGUACCAACAGACACUGAAGAUCUAAGCAAACGGCCAACAACCGAGCAAGACGUCAAGAAUACCGAACAGCGAAUCACACCCUCCGCCGAUUCCUCCACCAAACCUUCACCCAACACUUUGGUCUUAAGUGCACGGCUUUUUGUGCGCAACCUCCCAUACACUGCAAACGAAUCAGAGAUUGAGAGUCUCUUCUCCAAAUACGGGCACUUGGAUGAAGUGCACGUCGUUCGAGACAAAGCUGGCAGUAGCAAAGGAAUCGCAUAUGUUCAGUUUUCAGACCACGAUCACGCAAGCCAUGCCCUCCAGGAAUUAGAUGGCAAGUCUUUUCAGGGACGACUAUUGCAUAUCCUAGAAGCAGCCAACAAAAAGUCUCACAGACUUGAUGAAUUUGAGAUAUCUAAGCUACCUCUAAAGAAGCAGAAAGCUUUAAAGCGGAAGAUGGAGGCAGGAAACUCGAUCUUUCAGUGGAACUCCAUGUACAUGAAUCCCAACGCUGUUCUGUCUUCUGUUGCAGAUCGACUUGGUGUGUCAAAAGCAGACUUGAUAGACGUCUCGUCUGCCGAUGCCGCUGUUAAACAAGCCCAUGCAGAGACGCAUAUCAUUCAAGAGACUAAAGCUUUUCUGGCAACCAGUGGGGUGAAUCUGGAUGCCUUCAGACAACAUGAAAGAGACAACACAAUACUUCUCGUCAAGAAUUUCCCUUUCGGUACCACGACUGAAGAGUUAAAAAGCUUAUUCAGUCCUUACGGCGAAAUUGUCAAUUUCCUCCUUCCACCAAGUGGCACUAUUGCCAUUAUUCAAUACGCUCAACCUGGUGAGGGAAAUCAUGCAAUGAGAGACCUCGCCUAUCGUAAUUUUAAAGGCUCAGUACUGUACCUUGAAACUGGUCCGAGAAACCUAUUCGACAAGAGCGUCCAGCCUAUUUCGCACAGCAAAUCUCCUGAUGCCGUGGCCACGCCAGCUCAGGAUGGUUCUACUUUAAACAAAGUCGAAGAAGUCUCGUCAUCUACCUUGUUUGUUCGGAAUUUGAACUUCAUCACCACGACUUCUGGACUAACUCGUGCCUUCAAACCCUUAGACGGGUUUCUCUCCGCCAAGGUCAAGACCAAGACCGACCCCCGAAGACCUCAGGAAAUACUGAGUAUGGGAUUUGGUUUUGUUGAAUUUCGCAGCAACAAGCAAGCUCUAGCUGCUCUAGCAGCCAUGAAAGGCCAUCGCUUAGAUGACCAUGAGCUUCUCAUCCAGACUUCACGAAAAGUCACCGAUGCAGCUGAGGAACGCCGGCACAAGGAUAAUAUGAAGAAGGUUGACGCGCAUAAAACAAAAAUCAUCAUCAAGAAUCUGCCUUUCGAAGCGAGCAAGAAGGAUGUACGUGCUCUUCUUAGUGCUUAUGGCCAACUUCGAUCUGUGAAGGUGCCUCAGAAAUUCAAUCACGAUACUCGUGGUUUCGCCUUUGCAGAUUUCGUCACCGCCAGAGAAGCGGCAAAUGCCAUGGAGGCUUUGAAGGAUACACAUUUGCUUGGAAGAAGAUUGGUCUUUGAAUUUGCAGAAGAGGAAGCUAUCGACCCCGAAGCCGAAAUUCGUGCCAUCGAAAAUAAGGUUGGUCGACAAACUGAGAUGAUCCAACUCAACAAGAUGACUGGCUCGGCCCGGAAGAAGUUUAUUGUAGGUCCACAGGACGAUGAUCAAUGA